UUUUUCACAUUCGGUCCACCUUUAUAAACCCAAUGCUCAGCAGUGGACAACCAGAACUGUAUCUGCAUUCGUUCAAAGAAUUACUUCUGUUUUUUUCUAUUCAACUAUCAUGUACUCUCACGCCUUUGUUUUAGUGUUUUUUGGAGUACUCGCAAUAGCGUGGGCAUCUCCCGUCCCUGGUUAUGAUCAUCACAAACACGUCGUUAUUCACGUACCAUACAAAGUGCACACUGUUCAUCAUCAUCACGUGAAGAAAGUUCCUUACCCUGUUCAUCAUGUAGAAAAAGUUCAUGUCCCCGUACCAGUACAUCACGUUGAGAAAGUUCAUGUUCCCGUACCAUAUCCAGUGGUUGAAAAAGUCCAUGUGCCCGUAAUUGAAAAAGUCCAUGUUCCCGUUCCAGUGCAUGAAGAAAAGCACGGGUGGGAAGACAAAGGGGGAUGGUGGUGAUGAGGAUUUGUAUUAUUAGAGAGUUACAGUUCUCUUCAUGGAUCAAUUUCCAAAUUAGUCCCAAUAUUUUCAGUAACAGAAGUUAGUUUUAAAAUUUAAGAAGUACUUUAAAUUACAACAAAACUGGACUUUUCGAGAGUACAAUUCUUUUUAAUUAGUCAUAUUCUGGAGUAAUAAUUAAGAAAAAAAUGGUAUAAUUAUUCACCAAAGUAGAUAUCAAAAAUACUAUUCGAUCUCACAUCGGAUCCAUCAUAUAUUAAAUGUACAUAAUGUUUGUUGUAUGCGUAAGUGACUAAAUACCGUAAUUUUUGUACUUUCUAUUUUGAAUAAAAAUAUAGACACAAUUAA